GGAGGGAGGGAGGGAGGGAGGAAUUUCGGGAACGUCUACAAAAUCUAGGAGAAUCCGUCGAAAGUCCUGCAGCGAGGGCCAUGGGAGGAACCGUGAAACAUCGGCACCACCGGGAAACAAUGAAACCGUGAGGAAAGGGGAAAUCGGAAGGUCGGAAUUCAAGCCAACGGGAAGCGGAACGGAGAAUCGCAACCGAUCAGACACCCGGAAACGGAUCUACAUAACCACACUCGGAAACGAGCGGUCGGCGUGAGAGGCGGGGAGCCCAGAAAAGCUCGACGUGAAGUUUCUUGGAGCGGAGACGAGAGCCCGGGCCCAGGGCCGAUGCCCGGCCCGGCCCGCCCGCCCUUGGGCCGAGGGCGUGGGCAUGGGCACCCACACGCUUCUUCUUCGCAGUUUCUUCGGAUGUCAUCGUGUCGUGGGAAGUGCAUGGAGUUGUGACAUGUCAGGGGCAGCGAAGGAGCGCGGACGCUUCUGCCAUGCCCUCCCUCGCCCUCCCUCGCCCUCGCGCUCCGGAGCUGUAUGCCGUCGUCGUCGGCGUCGUCGGCAUUCGAUUCUUGAGUGGCCGCUGCCGGUUUGGCAGGAAAAACGGCAAGAAGGAUCAGCGAGCGACGAAGCAGAGCAAAGACGACAGCAGAGGGCUCAAAUCGGAGCCGGGGCCCUCCUUCAGAGAAGGAUGCAUCGAGGAAGGUGACCAGGCAAGAAGAGGACAGGAUUUCCCCGACUCUUGAAUAGAUUCAAGUGCUAGUUGGAGAUAUUUUUAGGGGCAAUCAAUGUGCGCCACGGUCUGCGGUGCCCUGCUCGGCCAAAUUGCCAAACGCGACCUAGCCAGCCAGCCAGCCAUGCCAGCCAUUCCUGCCAUUCCAUGCCUUGCCGAGUUUCCCCACCCUAGCGCGACGCAGUGUUUCUUCCUCUGCUCGCCUCUGUUGCCCUCAGGCAGAGGAGGAGCGCCGAGAGAUAGCGUAGAUAGACCGUUGACUGAAAUCUCCAACCACAGCACGACGAGAAAACCGCGGCCAGAAAAAUUGCUCGGGCCUAUUGUAGCAUAAUGCCGGGCGCCUUCGUUCUUGCUUCGUUCUUGCGGGUGAAAGCGGUAAACGAGCGUGAUGCGCAGUGCAGUGCAGAGGGUGAUGGAGUGACUGUGUUGAGAAAUAAUCAAAGGUGGCCCCCCUUGCCUUGGUGGGCUGCGGCGGGAGAGAGGGAUGGCGGGCGGGCGGCCUGGGAUGGCAUGGCUGCCUAGUCCCGCUCGCUGCUUACUCGCUGGCGGGCUGGGUUGGGCUGCCUGGUGGGUUGGCCUGGUCCGCCUGUCUCGUCUUCAUGUACGCUGCUAGAAAGCCGUCGUAAAGCAAACAGAGUUAGUACAUUCCGUGCUCUAGGAGGAGAUCGUGGGGGAGACAUUCGAGGAAAUUCCCCCAGUCCUGCACUAGCAGCAGGCACAGCGCACACUCUCACCCUUCCUCCCUGAAUUAUAUGUAGGGCCUCGGUCUCAUGUUUGAGUCAGGCAAUCCCGAUCUGCUUCUACAACAGCCUUCGCUCUCUCCCUCCUUGCGCACCGCACUCUCACUCUCCCUCAUCUUGCUACUCACUCUCUCUCUCCCUUCAUCUUUCUAUCUCUUUCUCUCACCCCUCCGUGUGCAUUCGAAGCAUGCGCAGCGCCUUCAUGCGCCUGCUGGUCUCCUCCACGCUCUAGCUGUACUCAUCUGCCGAGCCCUUGCCUUCUCUACUUUGGUUCACUCGUUCUGUCGCGAGGGAAGGCGAAUGCCUGUCCUCCGAGUGGACUCUCGUGUAGUCUGAAACACGCGAGCAUGCGCAACAUUUCGUGAACAUUGUUCCCCUCCGAAGCGAGGUCCACCUGACCAGUUGUCCCUCCUAUCGCACCUCAGCGUUCGACACCAGUCUCGCACCAUGAAAAUGCCCAAGAUUUUUCAGGGUAAGAAAUCCAGGGGCCAGGAAGUGAGCCCGUCUUCUUCUAUGGAGAAAUCUCCCGCGACUUCGCCGAGGGGCGUCAGGAAACCCCUCGAGAGCCGAAUGUCCUACCCCGCUGCUAUCACACCAUCCCAGAGGCCGCUAGAGCGCCAGAUGUCGUUCCCUGUCACCAAGGCGAGCGUGUCCGAAAUUGAGGAGGAUAAGCCCAGGAAGAAGGCUCCACGGUUGUCGGCCGAAGAGCUGCACGAGAAGGAGCUCGCCGAGGCGUUCAGACUCAUCGACAUGAAUGGAGACGGACAAAUUUCGGUCUCGGAGCUCGGAGUCAUUCUGAAAUGUCUCGGCGAGACUCCGACGGACGAGGACCUCAAACUCAUGGUUCAAGCCGUCGACGCUGACGGGGACGGGCAAAUUGACCUGCAGGAAUUCAUCAACUUGAACAAGAUUACCUCCAACGACAAGGGUGCUGAGACCAGGUCCGAGGAACUCAGAGCGGCCUUUCACGUCUUCGAUAUUGACAAGAACAACCAGAUCUCUGCCGAUGAGCUCCACCAAGUAUUGAAGAGGCUGGGAGAGCAGAGCUUAACCAUGGAGGAAUGUUGCCGGAUGAUCAACAGCGUCGAUAGCGACGGAGACGGGUUCGUCAAUUUCGAGGAGUUCGAGAAGAUGAUGUCCACUCCCGUAUACUAAACACUUCCAACGACCGAGGCAAUCGACUUCAAUGUAAAAUAUUCAAAGCUACAUUUUUUGAACGUGACCAUCUUCCGAACUCUCGAUCGUAGAUGAAACUCGACGCAAGAGGUGGGGUUUCCAAUCGCCGAGACAUGUCAUGGAUCAACGAGAGGUAAAAUCCAUAGUAGAGAACUCGUGACGAAGGUGUACAGUAUGCUAGUAGGAAACUGUUUUCUGGGUUUGUCUUGGACGAUCUGAGGCAGUUCUUUUUUCUCGAUCCUUUGUGCGACGGCAGCCAUUAGAGUUAAUGGCUUUUUCUGAAGAUUGAGGUGGAGAUCAUCCGCACCGUUCUGCCCUGUGUGGUGCUCCAUCAAAUAGAUGCUCUGGAGACUUGUACGAGCGAAUUCAAGACCGACUGCAGGAAUAACAUAGACUCUUCGAUCUGGGAACUUUGAUUCCACUACGGGCUUCGACUCGUCUAUAGUUGAGACUCCCGGCGGCAGUGACAGUGACACAUAUAUUCGUUUGAGUCGGUAUGCAGUACCAGGCAUCUCAUACUAAUAAAAACGCAGUUUAUAGCGAGCAAUAUUUUUCGCGUGAGAUAUGUGCGGAAUCGAUUAAAUGAAGUCGUGCAUAUGCUCGAAAUAAGUGCC